AUGGAUGAAGCAACUGAAAUUGCUGAUGAAGCAUGGCUCUCGAAGAAUCCCGAACCAUUUAAGCAGGGAGCUGAAGCUUGUUUAUAUCGUUGUGUGUAUUUUGGCCGGAAAGCGGUUAUGAAAGAACGAUUCGUUAAAACGUACAGGCAUCCAUCGUUGGACAUAAUAUUGACGAAAGAACGUAUGAAAGCUGAACUAAAUGCUUUGUAUAAGUGUAAAACGAUGGGAGUUGACGUACCUACGGUAUACUUUGUAAAUAUUGAUCGAAAUUUUUUUAUUAUGGAAGAGAUUACCAGUGAUAUCACUGCUCGACAGUUUAUUGAAGAUUUUAAGAAUAAAAGUAACUUUAAGGAAAUAAUUACCGACUUUGCUAUACGAUUAGGUCAAAUUAUAGCGAAGCUACACCUUGGCGGUAUUAUGCAUGGUGAUUUGACAACGUCUAAUGUACUUCUUCGAAAUGGAAACCCUAAAAUGAUUGUUUUCAUUGAUUUUGGCCUUGCUGAGGGUAAUGCAACAGUGGAAAGUAAAGGUGUUGAUUUGUAUGUAUUGGAACGAGCUAUCUUAAGUACACAUUCUGAAGCGAAAUUUUUCUUCGAUAGUAUUAUGAAAGGAUAUGAAUUAUUCAACAGGAAACAGUACGAUUCAGUUAAUAAAAAACUUCAAGAAAUCGAAAGGCGAGGAAGGAAGCGUGAAAUGUUAGGAUAG